CGCCCUGUUAGCCGCUCCCACCUCCAUCCCCAAGGGCUCCAGUCUCCAGCUGCCGCCGCAGUUGGUUUCUGGGCUCACUGCCGGGCCCCAGGGGGGCGUAGGCCAGGUGGCCAGGCUGCGCGCAGCCUCCGCUGCCGGUACCACCGCCAGUGCGCCCGGCACACGCGCGCCCCUAACCCCUCCCUCACCCCUUCCCCGAUGCUCAAUCUCCGCCAGCCGCGGUCGCUGCAUCCUCAGCGAGCGGCAAGAGAGAGGCAGCAAGGCGCGGCCGCCAGCAGAGACACCAUGUGACGGGCACCGCUCAGUGACACACAGCUGUGAUUAAAGAGCGACGGCGCGCGGGACGCGGAGGAAUGGCCUGACUUUCCCCGUUAAACCAUCACGAGCCAUGGAUGCGCAAGGGCGGCGCGCCCCCCAGUAGGAGAAUGAGUACGAUUCGAGACCCUCGGCGCCCGAGCGUGUGGAUAUAUUUAUUGAGGGUCUACUGUGUGCCAGGCACUUUAUCUAUGUGCAUUGAAAACCCUGGAAGGUCAUAUUCCAAUAUAUCUACAGUGGUCAUCUCUGCUUGCUGAGAAAACAGGGGUGUCAAGCUGAUAUUUUUGCUGCUGUCCACUUGUAAAUACACUCAGAACAGGAGAAUUUGGACUAAUUUUUUGACUACAGGUACUUUGCAAUCAUGAUGCAUUUCAAAAGUGGACUCGAAUUAACCGAAUUGCAAAACAUGACAGUGCCCGAAGAUGAUAACAUUAGCAAUGAUUCCAAUGAUUUCACUGAAGUAGAAAAUGGUCAAAUAAAUAGCAAGUUUAUUUCUGAUCGAGAAAGUAGAAGAAGUCUCACUAACAGCCAUUUGGAAAAAAAGAAAUGUGAUGAAUAUAUUCCAGGAACAACCUCCUUAGGCAUGUCUGUUUUUAACCUAAGCAACGCCAUUAUGGGCAGUGGGAUUUUGGGACUCGCCUUCGCCCUGGCAAACACCGGCAUCCUGCUCUUUCUGGUCCUUUUGACUUCAGUGACACUGCUGUCUAUCUAUUCAAUAAACCUUCUGUUAAUCUGUUCAAAGGAAACAGGCUGCAUGGUUUAUGAAAAGCUGGGAGAACAGGUCUUUGGCACCACGGGGAAGCUUGUCAUCUUUGGAGCCACCUCUCUGCAGAACACUGGAGCAAUGCUCAGCUACCUCUUUAUAGUAAAAAAUGAACUACCUUCUGCCAUAAAGUUUCUAAUGGGAGAGGAAGACACAUUUUCAGCCUGGUAUGUGGAUGGCCGCAUUCUGGUGGUGAUAGUUACCUUUGGCAUAAUUCUCCCUUUGUGUCUCUUGAAGAACCUAGGGUAUCUUGGCUAUACUAGUGGAUUUUCCUUGAGCUGUAUGGUUUUCUUCCUAAUAGUGGUUAUCUACAAGAAAUUUCAAAUUCACUGCGUUGUUCCAGAGCUAAAUUCAACAAGUGCUAAUUUAACAAUAAGUGCUAAUUCAACAAUAAGUGCUAAUUCAACAAAUACUGGCAUGUGUACGCCAAAAUAUGUUACCUUUAAUUCAAAGACCGUGUAUGCUCUACCAACUAUUGCAUUUGCAUUUGUCUGCCACCCGUCAAUCCUGCCAAUUUACAGUGAGCUUAAAGAUCGAUCACAGAAAAAGAUGCAGAUGGUUUCAAAUAUCUCCUUUUUCUCCAUGUUUGUUAUGUACUUCUUGACUGCUAUUUUUGGCUACUUGACAUUCUAUGAAAAUGUGCAUUCAGACCUCCUUCACAAGUACCAGAGCAAAGACGACAUUCUCAUCCUGACAGUGCGGCUGGCUGUCAUUGUUGCUGUCAUCCUCACAGUGCCAGUGUUAUUUUUCACGGUUCGUUCAUCUUUAUUUGAACUGGCUAAGAAAACAAAGUUUAAUUUAUUUCGUCAUGUCUUGGUGACCUUCAUACUCUUGGUUGUUAUCAACUUGUUGGUGAUCUUCAUACCCUCCAUGAAAGAUAUUUUUGGAGUCGUAGGAGUUACAUCUGCUAAUAUGCUUAUUUUCAUUCUUCCUUCAUCUCUUUAUUUAAAAAUCACAAGCCAGGAUGGAGAUAAAAGAACUCAAAAAAUUUGGGCUGCCCUUUUCUUGGGUCUGGGGGUGUUGUUUUCCCUGGUCAGCAUUCCGUUGGUCAUCUACGACUGGGCCUACUCAUCGAGUAGUGACGAAGACCACUGAGACCAGCUGAGAAGAAGAAACAUUCCUGUCUGCUGCUCAGUCCAGUCACCACACGUCAGCAACCCCUCAUCACUUCUUUUGCAGGUUUACAGAAGCAGACAGCAAUUUACAAGAUACACAGUGGAAUAACACUUUGGUAGGAAAACAGAGACCUGUUUCUAUAACAGUUCCUGUCCCUCAGAUUUGGGAUCCAUUUAAAGAUUGUGGAUUUUUUUUUUUUUUUUCAAAUUUCAUGCAAUCGUAUUUUCCAGUCCUUCUCACAAUCAGUUCUUUUUCACUCUCCUGACUCUAUUUUUUGUGACUUCAUGGUCUCUUAGAACUUUGAAAACAUGAUCAUCAAUCAUGUUUAUUUAUUAUACAUCCAGAUUCGGAAAUAAUUUUCCUACUGAUGUUCAGCUCACACUAUCUGUACCUUUUUAGAAGAGAAGAGAAUCUUGAAUUGUAUAUAUUUAUUUUGCUUUACAGAAAAAAAUGGUUUCGUAAAUAAUUUGCCUAUUUUGGUUAACAUAGCACACAGGGAUAAUCAUAUGAGAGUCACAGAGCACGUGCCAUUCUGGAUCAGAGUGUGCCCAAUAUUUGAGGCGGCUCUGAUCACCUGGCAGCCGAGCUCCUACCAUCCAGUGGCCUCACUGGUACCACAUCCCGCUCUACGCAGAGACAUUCUCCGGCGAAUGUUCUCAGCUGGGAAAGGGGUGGGAUGAUUCUUACCUUGGUAAAUAUACUAAACUACACAUUUGGGUAAUCUAGCAAAUGAAAUUUUGUUUCCCUCUUGGCAACUUGUGUCAAAGUUACGCAAAUCUGAGUCAGCUUCUACUGGGGGAGACCUAUGACACCUUUGUAAUACAUUGAGAAGCAAGAGCACUGCAAAAAUGUUGUCCAGAAUGCGUAAGACAAUAUUCCUCUGAUGCAGAUCGCCUUCAACCCUACACCAGUAUUGUUGAAGGGGGAAAAGCAUUUUAUCAAAUUAUAAAUUCAGUAGCUUUUACUCACGUCCACCAGCUUCUUGCACAGAGAAUAAUGUGUAUCUAACCAAGGAUGAUCUAGGAUAAGUAAUUCCUGUUUUAUAUUGGGUACUUUAGGGGAGUCUUUAAAAGACUUGUUUUAUAUCUAUAAAUUUAGGUUAUUACAAAUACAAGAUUUUUGUACCUGAAAUAAGCCUCAUUCCUAUUUCUUCUCCAUUAACAAUCAGUCCACAGUCUUGGG